UUUGUUUUAGUACUCUUAGCUAUGAACCAAGAAUGGCAAAACAUUGCUCGUGAAGAAGUCAUACGCGUCCUCGGACCAACCGGGUUUCCUACUCUAGACGUCUUACAAGACCUCAAGAGUCUAAGUAUGAUAAUCAACGAGACUCUCCGGCUCUACCCUCCAGCAAUGACACUAAACCGUGACACUCUUAGGAGAGCUAAGCUCGGAAACCUUGACAUUCCUGCAGGAACUCAAAUCUAUUUAUCAGUGGUAGCGAUGCACCACGACAAAGAAACAUGGGGAAACGACGCAGAGGA